CCUACAUAACCAUCAUAAACGUCUUGAGCUAUCUUGAGCUAUCUUGAGCCUUCGAACGACCGAACUAUUUCACUAUUGGAGCGAAGGCUUUGAACGAUGGCAUCUUCACUUCCUAAACGAAUUGUCAAGGAAACCGAAAGGCUAGUCUCCGAUGCACCUCCCGGAAUUGAGGCCGUGCCUCAUGACGACAACCUCCGAUAUUUCGACGUUAAGCUACAGGGUCCGGAAGGCAGCGCAUUCCAAGGCGGUCUGUUUAAGCUCGAACUCUUCUUACCGGAAGACUAUCCAAUGUCACCACCCAAAGUGCGAUUCUUGACUAAGAUCUAUCAUCCCAACAUUGAUAAGCUAGGAAGGAUCUGUUUAGACAUUUUGAAAGAUCGGUGGUCUCCAGCUCUACAGAUCCGAACAGUCUUACUUUCGGUUCAAGCCUUACUCUCAACACCCAAUCCAGACGACCCUUUGGCUAACGACGUUGCUCAACAUUACAAGACAGAUGAGGCUGGUGCGAUCCAAUUGAGCAAAGAGUGGACUCGGAAAUAUGCUCAAGCAUGAGGGUCUCUUCAUUGUUGGUCAAAUGUUGAUUGUGCAUAUUAUCUUAUCAAGUCGACUAGUGAACGAAUUCACGAUGGAAUAUGUUGCUCUUUGUUGAAUCUAAAUGGUACAUGAUAGUGAAGAAUGGCCCAUGUGUAAUAUAACUUUUUAGAAUCUC